GGUGGGGAGGGAGGCACCAUUGGGGCAGCAGGGCUCCCAGGCACGUGGUCCCUGCGGCAUCGGGACGCGGGUGCUGGCACCCAGGAGCGGCGGCGACUGCACCCGGGGCGGAGGAGCGCCGCGCAGAGGUGAGGGGUGGGCAGCCUGGAGGGGACGGGACACCGGCAGGACCCGAACGCGGCCUGGGGACGCGGAGCCCCCUGUAGGUUGUGGCACUGUCUGCCCUGAAAAAUGCUGGAGGCUGGGCGUGGCCCCAGGCGUGGGACCUGUUUUUCCUGUUUCCCGCAGAAUUCCUUGCAGCCUGGUCCAGGCUUGUGCGUUCAUGAGUAAGGAACCUGAGCAUCCUGACCUCGAGAGCAGGGACUGAUCAGAGCGAUGGCAGAAGGCCCAGGGAAUGACACCAUCAAUGACACCUGGGAUAGGGAUGAGCUGGGCUACAAAUGCCGCUUCAACGAGGACUUCAAGUACUUGCUGCUGCCCGUGUCCUACGGCGUGGUGUGCGUGCUGGGGCUUUGUCUGAACGCUGUGGCGCUCUACAUCUUCCUGUGCCGCCUCAAGACCUGGAACGCCUCCACCACGUACAUGUUCCACCUGGCCGUGUCGGAUGCGCUGUAUGCGGCCUCCCUGCCACUGCUGAUCUAUUACUACGCUCGCGGCGACCACUGGCCCUUCAGCACGGUGCUCUGCAAGCUGGUGCGCUUCCUCUUCUACACCAACCUGUACUGCAGCAUCCUCUUCCUCACCUGCAUCAGUGUGCACCGAUGCAUGGGUGUCCUGCGGCCUCUGCGCUCCCUGCACUGGGGCCGGGCCCGCUACGCCCGCCGGGUGGCAGCUGCGGUGUGGGUGCUGGUGCUCGCCUGCCAGGCCCCCGUGCUCUACUUCGUCACCACCAGCGCUCGCGGAGGCCGCAUCACCUGCCAUGACACAUCGGCGCCCGGGCUCUUCAGUAACUUUGUGGCUUACAGCUCCGUCAUGCUGGGGCUGCUCUUCGCGGUGCCCUUUGCGGUCAUCCUGGUCUGUUACGUGCUCAUGGCGCGGCGGCUGCUGAAGCCAGCCUACGGGACUUCGGGAGGCCUGCCGCGGGCCAAGCGCAAGUCGGUGCGCACCAUCGCCGUGGUGCUGGCUGUCUUCACCCUCUGUUUCCUGCCUUUCCACGUCACCCGCACCCUCUACUACUCCUUCCGCUCGCUUGACCUCGGCUGUCACACCCUUAACGCCAUCAACAUGGCUUACAAGAUCACCAGACCCCUGGCCAGCGCCAACAGUUGCCUUGACCCUGUGCUUUACUUCCUAGCUGGGCAGAGGCUUGUGCGCUUUGCCCGAGACGCCAAGCCACCCACUAACCCCACUCCUGCUACCCGGCCUGAUCGCAGGCUGGGCCUGCGAAGGUCGGGCCUGCGAACCUUAGACAGAACUGACCUCCAGAGGGUGGAAGAUAUAUCAGCCAGCAGUGAGGACUCCAGGCAGACAGAGUUCACGCCAACUGGCAGCCAGAACACUAAGGACAUCCGGCUGUAGGCUCCAAACCCCUUGGCCUGUACAAGUUUAUAUGGAGGAGAGGAGCUGUGGAGGACCAGGACUUGUGCAAAUGGGAUUGUCUCCCCCAAUAGGGCUCAUCAGCGACUCAUGCUAGAUGACCAAGGAGGCCAUGACCCCAUGCUCUGUCAUUUGGCAGGUAUUGAGGAUACUCUCUCCUCCAUAGUCCCCAAUUAUCAUUUGAAUGUGUGAUUGGGGGAGUAAUAUUUCAAGAAAGGUAAGUGUUCAGGGCCAGGGCUGCCCCCGGCCUGGCUCCCACACAGAUAGUUGGUCAUGCCUGCCAAGAUGCCUACGCUGGAGUUCAGUCUAUUUAAGACAAAUGGAGAAAUAGCUCCGAGAGGAAGAUAUCUUACAGACGUCACAUAGCAAGGUCUGAGCCUGAGCUAUCUCGGCUGGGGGUGGAGUCAGAUUGGCCAGAGGACCCUGAUGAGCAGUCAGGGCCGAGCUCCCAUGGUAGUCUGGGGCAGGACUGGGUACCACAGUGGACUCAGCUCUGAGGCGUGCCCCCUUCCCAAGAGAUGAAUGUCUGGGGACUGAUGUCAUAGACCCCUCUAGAGGCUCCCCUGGGCUGGGAGCCAAUGUGAGACUGUAAUUUAUACUAAAGGUUUUGUUGCCUGCAAAGCUGUGUCUCGCUGUGUGGUCAGAGGAUGGGGAUAUGACUUGGGAAGCUUUCAACAUCCACACAAGGGUCAAUUCUCCAAUCUGUUCUUUUCUGCCACCUAGCUCCCCCCUGGCAGUCUGAGAGGCAGUCUCACAUCAGGGAUCCCCUCUCUAGACCCCAGGUCAUCCCCUACUUUGAAGCUCCUGUGCCUGGCUCUGUGCCAAGCAUAGAGAAGAGUCAGAUGUGGUCCUAGUCUUUGGGAUCCCCUAGUUUAGUCCCUUGCCAGUAAAUGUUAAACCAUUUAACUGGAUCUCCAGGGGGUGUGAGAGGAACCACUUAUUUGUAACAUUGCCAGUUGAAAAUGGUGCAAAUACUCCUACCAUGGCCAAUUCAAACAACAAAUGUGAUGUCAACCUCUUUGUAAAAUUUCUGAAAAUUUAACAAUUGGCUCUUGCAAGCAGGUACAAGUUACUCCAGCACUCCACUGGAGAGAGCUGAGUGGUUGGGGCUGUAUGCCAGGGGAUUCAUGGAGUAGGAGGAGACUCCUGAGUUGCAGCUUCCGAGAAAAACAGUUCACCAGAAUAUCCAGGUGCAGGAUACAUCCUGGGCAAAGAAUGGGGGUGAGAGAGCCUGGCCUGCAGGAAGCAUAAGUGGGCUGGCCAGUUGGCACAGGCUCAAGGCAGGGAUGGUGCUGGGGCUGGGUCACCAAGAGGCCAAAGCGGGGCUCCCUUCUUGCCCUGACUAUGAGGUUCCCAUUACACUGGGCUAAGUGUGAGAGAGACUUAGUCCUCCUCCCAUCCAGUCCUCUGCCUUCUGGGAAAAUCCCAGCUAUGUGGCAGGAUGGUUGGUGCAUGGGCUGGAUCAGGGUUUAACAUGGGGGAGACAGGUUUCACCCAUGGCAGGUUCUGGGUCCAGCUGGGACCACUCUGAGCCAGUUUUUGGAGUUCAGCUGGACAGGGUCCAGCCCUAGCAUUUGGGCAGUAGUGAGGCAAAGCUGACAGGCUAGAAAGCCCUUGCCCUGGGGACUGACCCUGCCUGACUCCUGUGACUUUUCUACCCUUCCCACUCUUCCUCGUCAAAGACAGGGCACCUGCAGGUGUUUCUCUAAUCAGAGCCUAACUCCACAGCUCCCUCGUGUGACAGAGACUCAUCAUAGGCCAUGGUCCAAUCGAUAACUGCAUUGUGCAAUGAGGGUGACCUGCCCAGAAUAGUGUAAGAUAUCUACCUCCUGCGUUCUAGAUUCUAUACUUCCGUUAAUGUCACCAGAGUUCUCUGAGCUUUCUUGCUUCUUACAGACUGUCCUUGACCUUUCCAGCAGGCCCAAGCCUAUCUCUUUCCUGCUGCUCAGGCUGAGCCCUAUCGAGGCCCUACCCAGCUGAGACGCUCUGCAAACCAGGAGUGUGAAUGCUGAGUUCUGACCGUCUCCGAUCUGCUUAGACCUGGAGGCAGGGGUUGCAGACCUCAUCUCUUUGGGAGUCCUUAGUGUGCGUCUUGUUUGGGAGUGGGGCUAUGGCCACCAUAGGCCCAAGUUUCUCUAGCCCCCAAUCCUCUCAGGUCCUGCCGACUUAGCCCUCCUGCAGCUGCCCUAGAGACCCUGAGAAUCCAGGCCCCAUGGUGGAUGGAGACAGCACUAUAGUUUAGCUCUAGGAAGCUUUCCUUCAACUACUGCCUGUAGAUUUCUAAGGACAUAGGACCUGGGGCACAGGAAGGGAUUAUUUGCCACCUAAUCCUAUGGCAGGCAUGUUUGGGGUGGGACAUGGAGACUCUCCGGGAACCGAGGACAGGCCCAGGACCCCACCUCUGGACCCCAGUUGGACUGCCCAGCCCCUAGGUAUAGAUAUCCUUGCUGCUUGGUGCUCAGGCCACGUGGCUUGCGGGCGAGGUUUCUGUCCUGCUGCCUUGUGCUAUUUUCAGCUCAAGUAAGACCAGGAUUUUCCACUUGCAGCCCCAGACCAUUGUCCAGUAGUGCCGUGGGGGUGGGGGGGACCUGCCUGCCCUCAAAAUAUCUCCUCUUUCCCUCUGGGGCUCCCUGCCCCUCCCCACCUUCCCACCCUGACAUCACUUCCUGAGGCUAUUGACUCAUGAAGGCCACUAUGAAAGGGCACGUGAGUUGCCCUGCCAUGGGACAGGACCCCAGGGAUUAUCCAGCCCAGCUGUAGACCCAAGGCCGGAGAGAGGCGGGGCCUUGCCCAAGGUCAGUCAGCAGGUCAUUGCGGCGUCUGGAUAUGAGCCAGGGACUCAGCUGCUCCUGCUUCUUCAGUGAAGGACAGCCUCCAAACCUACAGCCCACCUCCCAGGGAAUGUCCCUGUGAUUGCAUCUGGGCAGAAGUUGGAGUCCUCCCACCACCCAUGAGAUGCUGUAAUUUGGAUACCCCCAGCUCAUGUGGAAGUCAUGUGGAAGGGGAGGCCCAUGUCCUGGGCCCCUGAAUGGAAUGAAAAGCACAAAGAGAACCGAGACAUCUGGCCCAUGAGAGAUACUACCUGAGUUUUGAUGGUCUCCACAGAGAACAUUGUCCAAGUCAGGGUUGUCUGGGAAAGAGGGACACCCAAAGAACAUUUAAAUCACAAUCCCACUUCAGUAAAAAGGACUUUGCCAUUUCCUCUUCUAGCUCCCGCUCACCGGAAGCUAAAGUCAGAAAGGGUGGGAGUGAGGCAGGAGAGAAUUGAAGUGAGUAUUAAAUCCACACAAUAGAAAUGAGAUAACAAGCUAAACUCCCUGGAGAAAAAGAAAACUCAUGUUAGUAUCAAAUUCAGACCAUUAAAAUAACUGGUUUCUCCCAAUUUAGACAUUAUCUACUGAUUUCCUACUAUGAAAUGAGACUUUAGUUUUGUUCCCUCCUUUAUCCUCCCGUUGCAAUUUUUGGUUAAAUAUUCAGUGGUUCUACUUCUAUGACGUCAAAACUAUUGUUCACAGCAACAUCUUAUAGCAUUCUGUGAUUAAAUUUUCUUUCUUGCAUAACUUAUUGUUUUUCCUGGAAUUAAUAAUUGUCUCACUGUACAUUCCUAAGAGGGAUAUAGUCUAUGACAAAGAGAACUAUAAAGAAAGAAAUCAUUUUUUUAAAGAGGUGGGGUCUUGCUCUGUUGCCCAGGUUGGAGUGUAGUUGCAUCAUUAUAGUUCACUGCAACCUUACAUUUCUGGGCUCAAACAAUCCUUGUGCUUCAGCCUCCUGAGUAACCGGCACGACAGACGUGUGCCACAAUAUCCCACCAAAUUUUUCUUAUUUUUUUUUUGGAGAUAGAGUCUCCUCCCUCUAUUCCCAGGUUAAUCUUGAACUCUGGGUGUCAAGCCACUAUGCUGGGCAGAAUUUGAGAACUUUCACAGGAUAAAUCACUUGGUUUCUUCAGUAAAUAAAUGGCACGGUGGGCCGGGAUGUGUAGAGGAGGAGUAGGCAUAAGAAUGGAAGUCAAAGCCAAGGUCCUAUCUCUCCUCACUGCUGCAAAGGUAUGAAGUGCCACCUCCCUCGAGGGAAAUGGACAGAAAAUCUGAAACAGAAGAGACUGGACCAUAGGCACUUGUGAGAAUCAUCAGAUCUAUUACAGAAAUGGAAAUAGGAAUCUUGGGCCUGAGAUAGAGACAUCCACCACACCUGGCACAUCUCAACUGGUGACCUUAGGCCCUUUGCUGAUGACUUUUGUAUAAAAGAAGAACAUCAUCUCUACGGCAGGCAUAGGACGCAGCUGCUUUUUUCUCUAGUAGGUCCUCUCUAAAUACAUGUGUUAAUGUUCAUGGCCUGUGAUUGCUUUGUGACCAACCAUAAUCCACCAUAAUGUGGUGAAUGAGGCCACCACAUCUCCUGAAGUAGUCCCAGCUACUCAGGAGGCUGAGGCAAGAGAAUUACUUAAGCCCAAGAGCUUGAGGAUGCUGUGAGCUAUGACACCACUCCACACCACGAGAGGGACAUGGUGAGACUCUGCCUCAAAAUAAAAAUAAUAAUAAUGAUAAUAAUUUUCUCAAGGUAAAUCAAAACCCUGCAGUCCCUGCAGCUGUCACAUUGAUGCCAUUACUAUUUUCUUUAGAUCAGUAGCAUUUGUGUGUCUCAAAAAUUUUUCUCCAGGAUCUGUGAAUGAGGGGAAAGUAUUUUCUAUUUUUUAUUACAACUUGGAGUCCAUGCUAAACCACCGUUUAAAGCCUAGAGAGCCACCUGCAGUGCAUCUUACAAGGGUACAUGUGAAACUUAGUAAAUGUAGAAUAUAAAUGUCUUAACACAAUAACUAAGAAAAUGCCAGGAAGGCUAUGUUAACCAGUGUGAUGAAAAUGUGUCAAACGGUCUACAAAACCAGUGUAUGGUGCCCCAUGAUCGCAUUAAUGUACACAGCUAUGAUUUAACAAUAAAAAAAGAAAAGAAAAAUGACACACACCCAAAAAAAGCCUGGGGAGCAAAGAGAAUGCUGGUUAAAAAUCCAGGAACACAGUGAUAACAUAAGGAGAUUUAUGACGGUUAAUUUUGUGGAUCAACUUGAUUGGGCUAAGAGAUGCCCAGAAGACUGGUAAAACAUUGUUCUGGGUGUGUCUGUAAAAGUGUCUCUGUAACAGAUUCUGAAUAGGUGAACUGAGUGAAGC